AUGAAUACAAAGUCUGUUGACUCCAGAAAAAUGCCUCGAAAAGAAGGAAGGCACCACAAAGACGAUACAUAUGGUCAGAAUUACCACAGAGAUCAUUCUGAGAGGUCAAGAGACAGGAGUCAAGAGGAGCUGGGUGCUUCUGCAGCUGACAACCGCCCCAGACAUGACAGAUAUAAGGAGACACCUGUCUACAGAGAGAACCACCAGCCACCUUCAACAACUCUCUCCAGAGAAAUGUCCUUCAGUCAACAUAGAACUGCUCUCUACAACCUCAGAUACAUCCCUACAUCGAGAGGGCUUUGUCAGCUCAUGGAGAUCUUUGUAAAUCUCCUCCUAAUUAUCUGUGCUGGUGUACCGUAUAGCAACAAUGGAGGCUACCGUGACCUGGCCAGUCUGGGAGGGGUCUACUACUAUCACUUCGGUGGAGCCAACGCCUUUACCGGUGCAGAUGCCGAUCGAGUGAAAGAGCUGGAUCGGCUGUUUCAUCAGCUGAAGAGGCCACCGUACAUCUUCACUAUGGCCUGUGCUGGCUGCAUCAUGGUCUAUGCCUGUGCAAUGUUUUGUUUAGGUGUUUUUAGGGUUCCGUACCGCUUGCCUCCAGUGCUGCUUGAAGCAGUGACUUUGGGCACAUUAGACCCAAACUCUGCAGAAUAG